GCUAAGACAAACACACAAUAGGUAAAUAACUCUGGAGAACCGCGGAUCCUCUUCUCAAAGCGCUAUCGUUUAGCCUCGUCCCCCGUGUUCGGAGGCUCUUGACCGGGAAUGAGGAUGCACUUGCGGGCGUUAUUGCUGUUGGCUUCGGUCGCCACGGCACUCGCCGCUGACGAGAGCUGUGUUGGCCGCUGUAGUUUUGGCUUUGACUCGCAGAAGAAGUGCCAGUGUGACUCCCUGUGUGGCUACUACAGGAGCUGCUGUGUGGACUACGAGUCCACCUGCAGUCACAAGAUAACCCGUGGCGACACGUUUCACGACACCGACUACGACACGGCGGUAGAGAACACCACCACCACCCAGGGGCCCAAAGCCACCACCCAGGAGCCCCAGACCACCACCAUGGGUACCCAGACCCCCACUGCCCCAGGCCCCACCACGCCCAUCGACCCGGAUGCAGAGGUGUGCAGCGCCCAGCCCUUUGACUCCUUCAUGCAGGUCAAAAAUGGCUCCAUCUACGCCUUCAGAGGGGAAUACUUCUUUGAGUUGGACGAGAAGUCUGUGUUGCCGGGAUACCCCAAACUCAUCAAGGACGUGUGGGGCAUCUCGGGGCCUAUCGACGCUGCCUUCACCCGCAUCAACUGCCAGGGAAAGACCUACAUCUUCAAGCGGAGUCAGUACUGGCGGUUUGAGGACGGCGUUCUGGACCCGGACUAUCCACGGGAGAUCUCCGUGGGCUUCCAGAAGGUUCCAGACAGCGUGGACGCGGCGUUUGCCAUCCCCGCCAGCAACCACCGCGGCAAAGAGAAGGUCUUCUUUUUCAAAGGUGACCGGUACUAUCAGUACGAGUUUAAGCACCAGCCGUCCCAUGAGGAGUGUGCUCAGAUGGCCAAAGACUCGCCCUCCGUCCUCUUCAGCCACUACACCGACCGCUACUGCGAUGAGUGGAGCGACUUGCUCGACCUGCUCUUCAAAGAAGUCCAGGGGGACCACAGUGGGCCGCGCUUCAUCAGGAAGGACUGGGUGGGGAUCCGCCCCCCGGUCGACGCGGCGAUGGCGGGACGCCUGUACAUCACGCCUGUGGCCCCGCCCACCACCACGGCGUCGUACGUCUCCGGCCAGAAGCGCCGGCAUAACGGAGGGCGGGGCCACAGGGGCCGGGGCCGGGGCCAGGGGCGGGGCCAGAGGCAGAGAGUGAAGCCCUGGGAGCUGUUCGAUGUCUUCUUCGACGACGACUACGAGACCCUGGAGGUUGCUAAGGUGGAGGAGAAGCAACAGGCCAGCCAGCCAGUGCAGAACAUCUACUUCUUCAUGAAAGAUAAAUAUUACAGGGUGGACUUAAAGACCAAGCGGGUGGACUACGCGAACCCGCCCUACCCACGAUCCAUCGGCAAGUACUGGCUGGGCUGCAAGGAUGAGACCAUCUGGGCGGAGAAGUGAAGGUCGGCAUGACGACGUAGCGGAGGUCGUUAGCAGCAGCUAAACAACGGCAUGUCUUUAAAUACGAAAGAAAAGAGCAAAUAUAGAACAAAUACUGCGAUUUGAAAAAAAACAAAACUGAAAUAACAUUUAUUUACGUUCCAUUACAAAGGAAAACAUACAUUUUCAAGUGUGUAUCUUGCCAUUCAAUUAUAAUUAAACCACAUUAAUACAAAAUGUAAGUUUUGGUGGUUGAAGUGGGUUUUUUUGGUUUUUGUUUUUUUUGUUACUUUCUCAGGGUUUUUGUGUGUUUGAAAAAUACAGAGGAAACUUGCCACCUGCUCUCAGUUGAAACUUUGCUGAACAUUAAUCCAGAUGUUAUUUACAUAAAAGUUGACCCAUUCCCAGAAA